AUGGCUACCCCGGAUGUCGCCCCUCACUUUGGGGCGGAGUUGAAGGAUUCGUUUAAACCGGUCAACAAUUGGGUGUCGAAUGGUAUCGGAUGGCUGGAUGAGAUACAACAGUUUUACCGCGAGCGCAGCGCAAUCGAGAAGGAGUAUGCGGCAAAGUUAACGGCGCUAUGCAAGAAGUACUACGACCGCAAAGCCAAGAAAAUCAGCAGUUUGAGUGUCGGAGACACCCCUAGCAUGACCCCGGGCUCCCUCGAAAGUGCCUCACUUACCACGUGGUCGACACAAUUGAGCGCCGUGGAAUCGCAUGCCACUGAACGGGAUCACUUCGGUAACGACCUGCUUGUACAUGUCGCAGAGCCGCUCAAACAAGCUGCGAACCAGUACGAAGAGCUCAGGAAGUGUCAUGUUGAUUUCCAUGCCAAGCUCGAGAAGGAGAGGGACUCCUCGUACAGUGACCUGAAGAAGGCGAAGGGUAAAUAUGAUGGCGCGUGCCAGGAAGUGGAGGCAAGGCGGAAGAAGAUGGAAUCUUCGUUCGACCACAGUAAGCCUAAGGCCCAGGCAGCGUACCAACAGCAGAUAUUGGAGAUGAACAACGUUAAGAACACAUAUCUCAUCAGCAUUAAUGUGACAAACAAGAUGAAAGAGCGAUUCUACCACGAAUAUGUGCCGGAGCUGCUUGAUGGCCUGCAAGACCUCAACGAAACACGUGUAACGAAGCUGAACUCGCUCUGGACAUUGGCCGCACAGCUCGAGAAGAAUUACCUGUCGAAGAGUAUGGACCACAUGGCAAACCUCAUCAACGAGAUUCCGCGCAACGUUCCACACCUAGACUCGCUCAUGUUCCUGCGCCACAAUGUCACACAAUCACAGGAGCCGGCCAACAUGACCUUCGAGCCAAGCCCAAUCUGGCACGACGACGACGCUCUCAUCACCGACGAGGCGGCCAAGGUCUUUUUGCGCAACCUCCUCAGCAAGAGCAAGACACAGGUGCGAGAGCUUAGAGUCGAGGCGGAUACGAAGCGACGCGAGGUGGAAACCGCCAGACGGGUCCGGGAGAGCAUCCGACAGGGCACGGACAAGCGCAACGAGGUAGAAGUUGUCCGAUCUAUAUUCUUCCAGCAGGAGUCCCUGCAUGAAGUUGACCGCAGGCGCCUGACUGCCGAGGUGGAAACCUCUACCAUCAUGUCGGCGGUGGGCGAUCUCUCGCUCGGAGCGCGCAACCACAAUUUCAAGUCGCAGACGUUCAAGAUCCCGACCAACUGCGACCUGUGUGGAGAAAGGAUAUGGGGAUUAUCCGCCAAGGGCUUCGACUGCCGGGACUGCGGAUACACCUGUCAUAGUAAAUGUGAAAUGAAGGUACCGGCUGAGUGCCCGGGUGAGCAGACCAAGGAGGAAAAGAAGAAGCUGAAAGUGGAGCGACAAGAACAAGCCAACGCCACCCCAGCACCACUUGAUCUAGAACCAACUACGAGCUCAUCCACUGCGCCAUCACUUACCCGCAAAGACACGAUGAACUCGCUGAGCUCCGGCUACGCCGUCAGCGCCAACCGAUCUAUGUCGAAUGCCGCACAGUCUCCCACCACGACCGCAAGUGAGCUUCCCACACCCGUCGCAGAGACCAAACCCGCUCCAGCACGGAAGAACCGCAUUCUGGCACCGCCUCCGGCACAAUACAUCAGCGGUCCGCCAGCGAACGACGCGGCGCCGGCGCUGAGCUCCAGGACUAACGAGCAGCACGGCAAGAUGCUGUAUGCGUACCAAGCGGGCGGAGCUGACGAGGUGACUGUUCAAGAAGGGGACGAUAUCGUCAUCCUGGAGCCAGAUGAUGGAUCCGGCUGGAUGCGCGUGCGGUCCGGCGGCGAAGAAGGACUCGUCCCUGCUUCCUAUGUGGAAGCUGGGCCCGCACCUUCACCCGUGCCGUCUGCCAGCCCCGGCUUCACGGCUGACCGGCCGGGCUCAACGUACUCGAACUCCUCGGCCUCGCUGACAGGCGGCGGCGGCGCCGGGGGCAACAAACGGGUCGGGCCAGCUGUGGCACCGCGCCGGGGCGCCAAGAAGCUCCAGUAUGUGGAAGCGCUGUAUGACUACGACGCGCGCAGCGACAUGGAAUGGAGUAUGGUGGAAGGCGACCGGUUCGUGCUGGUGAACCGGGAUGGCGGAGAUGGGUGGGCGGAUGUUGAGCGGGGCGGGGUGACGAAGAGCGUACCGGCGAACUACAUCCAGGAGGUGUGA